AUGAUCACUCUCGAUGAUGGGAGCAAUGAAUCACGCAACGCCACUGAUGCCGACCUUUCCUCACUCCACCUCCACUCCGUCACGACCCCACACAACCAUGGCCGCAUCUUCUGGUCACCAGCACCUGGUUUUGCCAUAGGCGUUGGGUCGAUACGCGAGAGUUUCUUACCGUACGAGGAAAGCGACACAUUUAUCAGCACAGACGCCAGCGUUACGUGGCAGAUGCGACGAGACGCGCAAGGAGUUUGGCGAUGA